GCUCUGCCUCAGCCAUCCGUCAUCGAGUGGAGAAACGGGCAUACGGCUGCGGCAAUGGCUACCGCGGACUCCCUCUUGCUUGUCUUGCUCCUCAUCCAGCUGAGCAUCCUCUUCCCCCUCUCCGACUCCUCCAUCGUCCCCGUCCUCGAAACACCACAACAAAGAAGCAGCAGCAAGGAACGCCAUCAACCCCGCCUGGUGCAGUCAACAUGCAACUCCACUAGCUUCUACGACAUCUGCAUCGCCACCCUCGCCGACGACCCCUCCAGCACCACCGCCGACGUCCCCGGUCUCUGCGCCAUCGCCGUCUCCGCCGCCGCCGCCAAUGCCUCCGGCACCGCCUCCUUCCUCGGAAACGCCAGCGACGCUGCCGCCACCCCCGAGGCGGACCGCGCGCUCCUCCGCACCUGCGCCCGCAAGUACGCGGCCGCGCGCGACGCGCUCCUGGCGGCGCGGGCCUCCCUCGCGGAGCAGGACUACGACUACGCCUUCGUGCACGUGAGCGCCGCAGCCGAGUACCCCGCGGUGUGCCGGACGCUGUUCCGAAGGCAGCAGCGCCCGAGCAGGACGACGUACCCGGCGGAGCUUGCUAAGAGAGAGGAGGCGCUGCGGCGCCUCUGCACCAUCUCCCUCGACAUCAUCUCACUGUUGCAGACGCAGGAGUAAUCCUCCACCUGACUGAAUGUUUGGUACUUGUCGGUGGGUUAGAUAUUACUCCAUCCCCUGAUCAAUCGAUCUCUCUCUUUCCUGUGUCGAAUGAAGCUCAUGCAUGAGAUGAGCGUACUUGUAAAAUCGAGCAAUGCAAUGAUGUAUGAUUGAUCAUCAUGUCA